AUGUUGUACGCUUGGCUUUUGGUAAUGCUCGCUAUAUCUUUUCAUACAGCAGAUGGAUUUCGCUUUGAUCUUCCUCAAAAGUGCGAGAAAAUCUCCAUACCUCUUUGCCGCCGUGUUCUACCGUACAACCUAACUCGUUUUCCAAAUGCAGUCGGUGACCAGAGCCAAGCCUUGGCGAACAGGUCGAUAGAGUUGUACAGAUCGCUGGUACAACGCGCAAACUGUUCCAAACACGCUGUGUUUUUUAUGUGUUCGUUUUACCUGCCGAUAUGUUUACCAGGAAUCGAGGAGGAGAAAGUCAUUAAGCCAUGCCGAUCCUUGUGUAAACAGAUUAGGACGGACUGUGCAGAAGUUAUACCAGUAGAGGCCUGGGAAAAAGUUGUGAAGUGUGAAGAACUGCCCGAGUUCUCAGACAAUGUGUGUGUCCAGCCGGACUCCUUCGUCACAGUCUCGAAGCCUACAAACAGGACUGGGAGUUCAGUGUUUCUGAGAAGGCAGGAGAAUGGAGAAUGUCGGCUGGAGAAAAACGUGGAGCGCCGGGGGUUGAAAGCUAAACCCGAGGCAUACGCGAUUGUAUGA